UCCUUUUUCUAGCAGAUCGCAGAUCGGGUCAUAGUUUUAGAUAUUGUAUCAUAGAGUGACUCCUUAGACACUAACUUGGAUAUUUGUUCUCCAUCUCAAGGAAUUGGAGCCCGCAGAUAGCACCCUUCCAUUCCCUUUUUGGCUGGCCAUGUUACUGCUAUCAUUGUUCAUGCCUUAGUGCUUGACUUAAAUAUAUCAGCGCUCCUUUGUUCUUUUUGGUUUAUUAUUGCAGCAGAAUCUAUUACUGAUCUUUGGAAUUAUGAAACUACGACGAACGAAAAGAAACUCUUGGUUGUUCAUUAUUUGAUAUUCUGUUAUAUAUACACCAAUUCCAGAAGUGAGGUUUGGUCUUCUGGAGAUCAUUUUGCAGAAUUUGAUUGCCACUUCGACAUGGUUGCCGGAAGAAUUUAAAGUUGGGAGCUCACUCGGCUAACAUCUUCAAGACUUGGCUAAAGAUGGGAGUUUCUUGGACUAGGCUUGUGUGCAGAAGCCUGACAGUUCUUGCUUUCGAUUCUCUCCUUCUCGCUUCUGCUGGUUCACUUAAUAUUCCAUCCCCCAAGGCUGAAAAUGAAGGCCUCACUGUCCAACAGUUGCACCCUGGACUUAAACACCAGAUGGCCGUGCAUGGUUUUCUUCUUUGGGCAUCUGUGGGUUUCCUUACUCCUGUUGGAGUACUACUGAUGAGAAUGCCAAAGAGGAUGGAAGGAAGGAGGUUGAAAGUUCUAUUAUACGUUCACGCAGUUUUACAGGUAAUUUCAGUUUCAGUUGCCACUGUUGGAGCAGUCCUGGCCGUCAAACACUUGGAAAACAAAUUCGAUAACACCCAUCAACGGAUUGGCCUGGCCGUGUAUGCACUCAUCUGGUUGCAGCCACUGACUGCCUUAUGCAGGCCUCAUAGGGGAGUUAGAGGGAGAACUGUUUGGUAUUUUCUGCAUUGGAUACUUGGAACUGGAGCUUCAUUGCUGGGGAUCAUAGACAUCUACAUUGGUCUCUACGCUUAUCGCAGCAAGACAUCCAACAGCGUGACAAUUUGGAUCAUCCUCUUCACUGUUGAAGUCUCCUGCGUCGCAUUCCUUUAUUUGUUGCAGGACAGAUGGGAUUAUCUUUACAAACAGGGUCUCAUUCUUGAGUUAGAAACACUCGGACCAACCCAUCAAGUCUCCCCAUUGAGAAACAAAAUGAACGCUGGGCAUUGCUAAUCUAAAAGGAAGAUCUCAGAACAUUGUAAAUUUUUGAAUGCUGGCAAUAUGGCCAAGUUCAUGAUCUUUGUUUUAUUAGCUCUAGGAAAUGUUGAAGUUCACGAACUUGGUUUUCAUUCCCAUGACAGCAGGAUUUUGAAAAAUGUUUUUUACUCUCUUUUUCUGUGUAAAUAAGGGAAAGAAAUAAUAUUUUCAUGUUA